AUGAGCAUCACCUCUAACUCGAGCGACUCUAGCGAGUCAGGUCACUUAUCACCUAUCAGCGGGUCGACGUCAUGGUCAAGCCAUCCUGAUUUGACUGAUAUUGACUUGAUUGAAGUUCCGUCUCCCACUUUGGACCCCGAAGAUGGUAUCCAUACAGUAACGGGCAUGGACCCUAUUGGUCGGACCAGCUUUACAGUUUGGGAGUUGAAUUACGAUGGCACGUCCGAAGUCGCUACUCUCAGCUCUGAUGGCGUAGAGGCCCGACUGGUCAAGCGGGAUCGCACAGACACCGUGAAGGUCUACAGAGACGAACUCGAUACCUUGACCUUUGCAGAUUGGGGCAGCACUGCCCAAAGUCCCAUUGACCCGCUUGACGCUGCGAUCCUCCGAUCCGCAGUGAAUGAGGUCGGGGAAUGGCCACCAGGAGUCAGGUUCCGAGUUUUGCAUGAGCUUUCAGCUGCGGAUGUAGAGACAAGUCAAUCGCCAGGGUCACAGACCUCCACCCAUGGCGGGUCCGAUGCCGAACUCAGGACGGACACUACGAACGUCCAGGACCAGCCGAACUCUGCAAAUGGUGAUUCAGUUUCUGCAUCUUGA